AUGCACGUUGUGUACACCCGCGGUCAUCUGGCAAACAAUAGAACGGACUUCCAUAUCACCUUUACCACAAGAGACAACAAAUGGGAUAGAAUCACAGACUUCAAUGAAGAGUCUUUCGUCAAACAGACGGCACCAGUUUUUAACCACAGCACAGCGAAGGGUUUCGUGCUGAGUGAGACUAGCAUCAGGAAUGGCGGAGUAGUUGUAGGUCCCUUAGACUGGGACUACGGCUACAAAACCUACAGCAGAACUGGUGACAUCCUGGAGCUGUACGUCACCAUCCCAGACUGGGUUAUCACCGACUCUGACCUGAAUGCACACAUCCCCAGGUGUUACUACACCUCCGACACGUCUACUGUGCUUUACGGUACAGUGCAGUUCAUCGUGCCGGGAGACAGCCAAUGGAAGCCGGAGGAAUGGCCAUGGAUCCCGUUUAAAAGUUAUGAAGAGCUGGAAUUUAAUAGAACUGACGGAGUUAUAAAAUACACAUUUGAUGAUGUAAAGGUUGGAGAGCACAAUGCUGACCAGAACACCGUGGCAUGCGAGACACCUUUGGGAACCCUGGUGACAAAACUCACAGUAACAGCCUGUUCAAUCGGGCGGUUCGGGCGGUUCUGUGCGGAGCGCUGCCAGUGUUAUAACGGAGCCUCAUGCCACAGCUUCAACGGGGCGUGCAGGUGCGCCCCUGGCUGGAAGGAAAGGAACUGCACCACAGUACACCCGGAAGUGCGCAUCAGCCCUUCAACCAGCGAGCUGGCCGACUUGCGGUACGGACAGGAACUGCAGCUCACUUGCACGGCCUACAACUUUGACGUCAUCAACAUCACGUGGUCCUACGAGGGUGACGUUUCUGACGUCAUACUGAAUGUAACAAGCUCCAAAAACUCUUCUUUUCUAUACAUCAAAUCGUUAUUGCCUGAGCACGAGGGUUACUUGACCUGUGCUGGCCAUACCGACAAUGGAACCCUGUACAGCGACACGGUGGAGAUACUAAUAGUUUGCGAGGACUGCGCCUGUCAGAGUGAGGGAUGUCCGGGACCGGACUCCCUCCUCCUGGCCAUGAGCCUGUCAGCAGCCGGGUUGAUUCUCCUCCUGCUCGGCGCCAUCUUCCUGCUCCACAGGCACAACAACAGGCUGCGGGUCGGCAACAUCGACGAUCCGGAAGUCUUCCGACUUGGGCAGAAUCUAAAGGCCCUGAUGCCGCUCACAGCAGGCUCCUCGUCAGGCAGUAUCGACAUGGAGCUGCUGAAGGAACGGGAGAUCCACAGGAGCAGGCUGCAGGGCGGACAGCUUCUGGGAGAGGGCGCUUUUGGACAUGUCGUCAAGGCAACGCUGACGCAUCCUGAGAAAGAUGAUGUGGUGGUUGCUGUCAAAAAAUUGAAAGACGAUGACGACACCCAGACCAGAAAGGCCCUUCUGAGGGAAACCUGCAUCAUGUUGUUGUGUGGUAACCAUGACAACGUCAUCGGGCUGAAAGGCAUCUGUUUUAGAGACGGUCCGCUCCAACUAGUGCUGGAAUAUGCCGAACACGGGAGUCUCCUGCACCUGCUGUGGACGUUACGUGCGGAGUCCAAACUCAACAGGUCCGUUCUGGUCAACAAACGGCACAUCUUCGAGAACAUGAUGGUGGAAGUGUGCUGCGGCCUGGAGCAUCUGGCAAGCAGGAGGCUGGUUCACCGAGACAUCGCGGCCCGGAACAUCCUGAUCUGUGGGAAGGGAACCGCCAAGAUCGCGGACUUCGGGCUGGCCCGGGACAUGUACGCUGUGGGGUACCAUCGGCAGGACGGGGGUAAUGACCUCCUGCCGCUGAAGUGGAUGGCUCCGGAGGGCCUGAAGAACGAGGCUAGGUUCACCCACAAGAGUGACGUCUGGUCCUUUGGGGUUCUGUUGUGGGAAGUUGCGCAGCUGGGCCGCACGCCGUACCCUGGGAUGGAGGGGGCAGACAGAAUAUAUGAUGCUCUGCAAAACCACUUCAGACUCCCCAGGCCUCAGCUAUGUACAGAAGAACGAUAUCAGCUGAUGCUGCAGUGCUGGAAGUUUAACGAGAAGACCAGGCCGGACGCCACGACUGUCAGACAGCAGCUGGAGGCAGAUCCCAAUGGCUUCUUCUACUUCCACACCCCUGUGGCAGCAGUAGAGGCACCGGUCACGCCCGUAUAAGCUUACAACAGUAAUGUUGCGGACACUUCGAUAUGAGACCACGGCUCUAAAGGUCACUCCGGUAUGAUACCACAGCUCUAAAGGCCCGGGUCACCCCGGUAU